GCAUGUACAGGAAUUACGGAUAUCGCGUUUUGCAUAGGCCUUUUGGAGGCGAACGAUUGGGACUUAGCUGCUGCGUACUCUACUGCAGUGAAAGACGGCGUUUCGGAAGCUGAUAUGGACGUGGAGCAGUUACUCCCACAUUCACCACCACCGCCGGAAACACGGGUAGAUACCGUUCCUGUCAAUCCGAAUACGAAUGUGCACACGAGUGAUCCGACGUUCUUCAUCCGUCAUCCUUCUGACCAAUCGUCAGCGCACUUCGUCAGUCCGAACACCAAUCCAUCGGACACCCAAGCUGUGCAAGGAGGAACCAUUUUGGAGAAAGACACGGGCCCGGUUGCUGCAUGUGGUCACGUGCGCAUUUUACAUUUCACGAUACAGUUGGAGUUACCUUCGGAGUGUGGCGUACCAGGUAUUUGUUCUGAGUGCUUCACCUUCCCCGAGACCGAGACUGUGGCUUCGUUAAAGCGUCAUUUCAUCCAACUUCGAUUAGCUGAACUGACUGUGUUGGCCACUUCCGCGGAAUGGUCCGAGCAUUUCAGUGAGGUGAAUCCGAACACACUGUUGGCGCAUUUGCGUUUUGACUCGACCGGAUCGCCACAAACAUUUACAGACGAUUCGGUACGUUCUGUUCUUUGGAACACUUUUUUUACUCCUAUCCGUCCCCGGAUGUUCCGCUAUCCAUGA